UUCUUCUUCCUGACCACCAUGGUCGGCCCCGCGUCCUCUGAUCGGCGCCUGCUCUGGCACCCGCGCCAGUCGAAUACAUUCAUUUUGGGCAGCGGCUCGUACAUCACGCUCUACGAGUGGAACAACAGCUUCCCGCAAAUCAAACAUGUCACCACCCAGCCCGACCUGCAGUACAUGAAGUGCUUUGCGUGGUCCCCGGAUCCCAUUUUGAACGACCUCGUCGCGGUGGGGUUUAGCAAUGGGCGCGUCGAUCUGCUGAGGCUGGAGGCGUCGCGUCAGUUGCGCAUGAACAACGUCCUGUCGAGCGGCCCCCCUGUCCCCCUUCCCGCGAAGAACUCCCGAUCGUGCAACUCGCUCGCGUUUGGCACGGUGGACCCGAACUACCUGGCCGUAGGGCUCGAUAAAGUCAGAGGCGACUCGAGCUUGCUGAUAUACGACAUCACGAUGUCCACCGUGUCGCUUUCCCUGCCCACUCCGCCUGCAUCGGAUAAGAUACUGCCACUCAGUCCCAAGUCCCCCACAUCUCCACGAAGACCACAGCCCUCCAUCUUCCGCGCGGAGGCGGGGGCGCGUACGGACUCGCGUAUCGUGCAGCAGCAUGCGCCGACGGAGACCGUGUCUGCUGUAUCAUUCCUGCCGCAAUCGACGUACUUGCUGCUCGCCGGUCUCUCUUCACGAUGGCUCCGACUCUUCGACUUGCGCAGUGCCAUGCCAUCGACGACUAGCGCUGCGUCAAAGGUGUCCGGCCUCGCCACCGAUCCCUUCGACCCGCACCGUGUCGCGUCCUUCGGUGACGGUGUCGUCUCUAUAUGGGACAUCCGCCGCAUUCAGUCCCCGCUGCUCACAUUCUCCGAGCGCAAUGCCCUCGGGGACGGAGCCGUCGUACGCCCCAACUCGACAUAUAGUACAGUGGAGUUCUCGCAAGCGCGCCGCGGGGUCAUUGCUACGCUCGAGAAGGACGCACGAACCGUACGCAGUUGGGACAUCCAGGAAGUACAAGCACAGCCACUCGACGUGGAUGGCUCGGAGAGUAAGUCGCGAGACUCGUCUGUAGGGAGCCGGCGCAAGUCUUCGUGGGCGAACUUGGGGUGGGCCCAGAGCACGGGACCUUCCUCACCUGCAGGGCCUCAUUCAGUGACGGGAAAUGCCUCCGUAUUCCUGUCUGAUACCAGACGAAUCAAGCAGCUACCUCGUCCGCUGCAUUCCUUCGUUAUCGUACCAGAGGCUGCGACCAGCUUGAAGCCGACAUCUACCAUCCUGACCGUCAACGCUACCGGCGAGAUUGAACUGAACAUGAUCUACGACACGCCGAAGCAAGCCGUAUGGAGCGCGCGAGGGGACCUCGCCUUCGGUGCUGGUAUCUCCUACGGACUGAUCCCUGGCAGUGUCGAGCAAGAGCAAUUGUCGAAGACCGACGCGGCGUCUAUAUCGAAGCAAACCGUGGAUGACAACGCUCCGCCACCCGCUCUGUUCGGGCGAGGAGACGAAGACGGCUUCCCGGCCUUGGGACACGAAAGCAAAGUGGGACACGAAAAUAACAAGUAUGGACCAGAAACGAAGGAGAAGGAGACAGCGUCUGCAGAAAAGCGGCCCAUCGAGCGUCCUCCACUGCGAUAUACCCCAUCUGAGCUGCGUGUGUACUCGACAGAGCACAAUCAGUAUGUGAACGCGCAAGGGCAGGAUGCCCAGGCGACGAGGGAGGCACGGCAGCGGUCGGACUCGGAGCCUCCUACGAGGAUGCAGGAGCAGGCCAGGAUACGAAAGAUACGACACCAGCGGGUAUCUGGGGUCUCCUCAGUGGUGCAGAACGACGUGUCGAUGCUUAUGCGUACUCGUAGUUUGCGUGGCUAUGGGUUGAGCGACCCCGCUUUGAAUGCUCGUCUGAUUACGGAGACCUCGUCGCAUGACAACCAAGAGUCUUCCCGCGUGCUCGCCGAUCUGUGGUCCUGGCUGUCGUACACCCGUGACCUCCUAAAGGGACCUGCAGCUCAAUUCCACGGAUACGACUUCCUAUACCGUGGUCUACUCGCUAUCUGGGAAGGAUUCGAACCUAACGCUGCGAGGACGCCGUACGUCCCGCCUGGCGCGCCUGAUUUCUUGGACUUGCCCUCGAUGCACGAUCAUGGGCGCAGGCGCGCGCACUCCCCUGUAGAUGAUCCUCGCGUGGCCUAUAAGGAAGCCCUCACCGCUGUGCUCACCCUAAAAGGACCAUCGUGGGCCUCGUGGAAGCCCACUAUACCCACGGGCAAGUUAUUGCAGCGGCAGGUAGCCAUAAUGUUGUGCGGCUGGAGCUUGCAGGAUGACAUAUUGGCGGAGGAUAUCCAGAGGUGGACCGAGAAUGGCGAGAACUCUCGAGCAGCGUGUUGGCUAGUCUUCAGCAAGCAAUACUCGAAAGCCAUCAAUAUGCUUUUCAACAGUGAAGACGAAUCCCACCAUCUUAUGUCCGGUACCCUCGCCGCUCUCAUCCCACACAACCACUCCGGCGUUAGCAAGCUCACGCCCGAGUUCCGGCAACACUGCGAGCACCUCACUCUUCGUAUACAGGACCCUUACUUCCGCGCUAUGCUCACCUAUCUCACCUCCGGGGACUGGUCCGAGGUUCUCGAUGAGGAAAUGCUGCCUUUCCGCGAGCGCCUGAGCAUCGCCUUCCAAUUCCUCGACGACAAGACCCUUACGUCGUAUCUGCAUCGCGUCUCGGAUAAGUUCGGGGACAUUGACGCGCUGAUGGUGACGGGUCUGACGAAGGCGGGCGUCAAUGUGCUGCAGGACUACGUCGACCGCACGGGAGACCUGCAGACUGCGGCAUUGCUAGGGUCGUAUGUGUGCCCUCGCAGGUUCGAGGACCAACAGGUCGAACGAUGGAUCGAGACGUACCGGGACUUGCUGGAUGCGUUCAAGCUGUUCCAUCUGCGCGUCGGGUUCGACAUCGAGCGAGGGGAGAUUAUGCAAGAGGGGAUGCAUAAUGGGGAGAUCAGUAAGACGGAUUGGGCGCCAAAGCAACUUGCGCUGAGGUGCAAUUACUGCAACAAGAAUAUAUCCGGGCAAGCUGCUAGCAAACCAACGACUUGCCCUCAUUGUGGGCGCUUCCUACCACGAUGCUCCAUCUGUCUACAAGCACUCAGCAUUGUGCAAGAUACUGCGCGAAACAUGCAGCUGGCGCACACACCGUUUAAAGACACCAUUGACGAUGCUAUCGUCAUAUGCCAAUCUUGUCGACAUGGUGGACAUGCCUCUCAUAUGCUGGAGUGGUUCUUUGGCGAGGAUGGCCGCAGGUCACACGGCCUGUGCCCUGUUGCAGAUUGCGACUGUCGUUGUGCAGACGAAUUUUGAUCCAUUCAAUGAUGCUGUAGAACUAUGGACUAUCAUUAGUUAUGCAACCUUGACGAGCUCCUCCACGGCCUUGAGCCAGGCUACUUGCUCGCCACCCCAACCUCCCAGCCUCCUCAUCUUCCGGUUGUGCGCGUCCGUGCCAUUUUCAGCACCGGUGAGUCGCAGGUUGUUUGUCUCCCGCUCUCGAAGAAUCCAGUGCUGCGAAAGGCACCAACGCAAAACACUGUUCUCGGAAAAGAAUGCCUCGCUCCAGGUUUCGUUGCA